GUUGUGGAAAUUUUCUCUCUUAUUUUCAAAAAUAAAAUGCCAAAUCGUAUUUAUACAACCAGAAAUACUAAACCAACUAAACCAAGCUAAAUGUCACUAAACCAAAAAUACUUAACCGAAAACACAUAACCGAAAACAAAAAAUGAGAGCUAAAGACAUGGUCUUCAUAUAAUGUUGAUUUGGUCAUCAUGUUUAGUUUCUAAAUAUACAGAGGUCGAGAUGUGGACCACCUUUGUCCACUUGGUUCAAAUUUCCAUAUAUAUCCUUCUUCCCCGAGUGAACCCCAGACUCCAAAACGUUCCGACAAAGCUCAUACACAGAUCUACGGACGACACACCACUCGUACGUACGUAGUUUAAUACUUGUACUGUAGUUUUGGUGUAUAUAUACAUAGUUACAUACAAAUAUUCGGAUGGCGGACCAUGCCGCGGGCGAAGAGCAUGCAAAACUCAACAAGUACGCCCUCGCAUGCUGUAUUGUUGCGUCCAUCGUCUCCAUCAUAUUCGGUUAUGACACGGGAGUUAUGAGCGGUGCGAUGGUUUUCAUCGAAGAAGAUCUGAAAACGAACGAUGUUCAGAUCGAGAUUCUUACCGGAAUCCUUAAUCUGUGUGCCCUCGUGGGUUCGUUGUUGGCCGGAAGAACUUCCGACAUCAUCGGACGUCGUUACACCAUAGUUUUGGCAUCCAUUCUCUUCAUGAUCGGUUCGAUUUUGAUGGGUUGGGGUCCAAAUUACCCGGUUCUCUUAACCGGGAGGUGUACCGCCGGUAUAGGAGUUGGUUUUGCAUUGAUGGUUGCCCCGGUUUACUCGGCCGAAAUUGCAACCGCCUCGCAUAGAGGACUCCUCGCCUCCCUUCCCCAUCUCUGCAUCAGCAUCGGAAUCCUCAGUGGCUAUCUGGUAAACUAUUUCUUCUCCAAGUUUCCAUUGCACCUCGGAUGGCGGCUCAUGCUCGGAAUCGCCGCCGUGCCAUCGCUCGUCCUCGCUUUCGGGAUCCUGAAGAUGCCGGAAUCUCCUCGGUGGCUGAUUCUCCAGGGCCGCCUCGGCGAGGCGAAGAGGAUACUCACGAAGGUCUCGAAUUCGCCGGAGGAGGCGGAGAUCCGUUACAGGGACAUCAAAUCGGCGGCAGGGAUCGACGACAAGAUCGACGAUGAGGUGGUGAAGCUCGAUAACAAGAAGACACACGGAGAGGAUGUCUGGAAGGAUCUCAUCCUCCGACCGACUCCGGCGGUCCGACGGAUCCUCCUGACGGCGCUCGGGAUCCACUUCUUCCAGCACGCGACAGGGAUCGAGGCCGUGCUGUUGUACGGACCGAGGAUCUUCAAAAAGGCAGGAAUCACGGCGAAGGACAAGCUCUUCCUGGUGACGAUCGGAGUAGGGUUCUUGAAGAUGGUCUUCAUCUUCACCGCGACGUUUCUGCUGGACAAGAUCGGGAGGAGGAAGCUGCUUCUGACAAGCGUGGGAGGAAUGUUCUGUGCCCUAACGGUGCUAGGGUUUGGUCUGACGAUGGCGCAAAACGCAGGAGGGAAGCUCGUAUGGGCGUUGGUACUGAGCAUUUGCUCGGCGUACACAUUCGUGGCGGUGUUCUCGAUUGGGUUAGGACCGAUCACGUGGGUAUACAGCUCGGAGGUGUUUCCAUUGAAGCUGAGAGCACAAGGAGCGAGUUUAGGAGUUGCAGUGAACAGAGUGAUGAACGCGACAGUGUCGAUGUCGUUCUUGUCUCUGAGCAAUGCCAUCACUACAGGAGGAGUGUUCUUCCUGUUCGCAGGUGUGUCGGCCGUGGCUUGGAACUUCUUCUUCUUCCUCAUUCCAGAGACCAAAGGGAAGUCCCUGGAAGACAUUGAGAUGCUCUUCUCCAGGGAAGGUGACAACAAUUCACGACGCACCACUGUUUGACCCUCUUCCUGUUUCGUUUUCGCACGAAACCAGAGGAAUGGGCCGCGACCGGUUUGGUUUUACAGUGACGAACACAAGGCCCAAGAUCUUUAACUGUGUUUCUUGUUGCGUAAUCGUAAAUUCUUUGUCUUUUAAAAUCGGUAUUUAUCUAUGCGACAUGGAGAGUGUAUGGUUAGCAUCGGCACAUGUUUUAUUCAAACAAUCGGGUUUUGAUUU